AUGGAAAAUGGGACAGAGACAAACGAAUCUCUCAGUAACAUAGCGGGUUUGCUGGAUACUGGAAGAAGCAAUUCUUACAAAACGCUUGAAGUGUUCUUCAUUGUGAUUGUGACAGGAUCAUUAAGCUUGUUGACCAUAAUUGGAAACACUCUGGUCAUAGUUUCUAUCAAAGUCAACAGACAACUACAAACUAUUAAUAACUACUUUAUUUGCAGCUUAGCCUGCGCUGAUCUGAUUGUCGGUGUAUUCUCCAUGAAUCUAUACACUAUUUACGUUGUAAUUCGCUACUGGCCUAUGGGCCCAGUGGUAUGUGAUUUAUGGCUUGCAGUAGAUUAUCUUGUCAGCAAUGCCUCCGCCAUGAACCUUCUUGUGAUCAGCCUUGACCGCUACUUCUGUGUGACCAAACCCCUUAGCUACCCCUUGAGGAGAACAACCAAGAGGGCAGUGAUGAUGAUUGCAGCUGCAUGGACUGUACCAUUUAUUGUGUUCGCUCCUCCCAUCCUCUUCUGGCAGAUCAUCACAGGGAAACGGAACGUUAGUGACGGCGAUUGCUACGUGCAGUUCCUCUCAAACCCUACUGUUACUUUUGGCACUACGAUAGUCGCCUUCUAUCUCCCUGUUACUAUCAUGGUGAUCUUAUACGUGCGCAUAUCUCGCGCCAGCAAGAGUCGAAUAAAAGAGGAGAAGAGAAUGAAAGAGUCAAAAGAGAGCAAUGUUUGUCCUAGUCUAGUGAAGGAUAAAAUGAUAAAAUUGGAUGGUAAUGGCAUACCCAACGUUACUCACGGUGAACCGCCUGUUAAAAAGCAAAAUGGCGAAAUGACAAAUUCUACUCAUGCCCAAGGGAAGGAGCAAGAUUCAUUCAAUGAAAUAAGUUCCUUCAGUGGGUUUCCACCAAACCAGAAGAAAGAAGGAACGAUUCCAGAGAGCACAAGCGUUCCAAGUGAACAAAGCUGUCUCAGAACGGAAAUAUGCAAACUCAUUUGGUUUAAAUUAGUCCGCAAAUCUGAAAACUGCAACAACAGUUCCACUAAAACAGCAAUAAUUCCAACUAUCAGCAGCGAGAAUGGGGCAGACAGGGACAUUACAGCUGUUGAUAAAACAAAUAUCAUGACCAAGACUGCUGCUAAGAGGAAGGUAAUUGGAACUCGAGAAGUGAGGGUCACUCAAACCAUAUUUUCGAUUCUCCUAGCUUUUAUUAUAACCUGGACCCCAUACCAUGUUAUCGUGUUCAUUAAAACGUUUUGUUCAAUCUGUGUCCCCAGUGAAGUUUGGACUAUUGGAUACUGGCUCUGUUACAUUAACAGUACUGUCAACCCAGCCUGCUACGCACUCUGUAAUACCAAUUUCAAGAAAACUUUCAAAUAUCUUCUCUUGUGUCAGUACAGAAAUGUUGGUUCAACAAAAUGA